CUGUUUAGGUUCUCUCUAUCUGUAAUACCUACACUUCCUUUUUCUCCGUCAUCUUCAGUGGCGACUGAGGUCUUCAAGAAGUUCGAUAAGCGAGGGCAGGACAAAAUUAGCACAAACGACCUCGGCCCCGCCUUCCGCGCCCUCAAUCUCACCAUCAAGCCGGACCUUCUGAAGGAGUGGGCAGAUCAAGACGAUCAGGACGAGAAGGAUCUCCGUGAGGCUUUCCGAGUCCUAGACAAGAACCGAAGAGGUGAAAUUGAUGUCGAAGAUCUCAGAUGGAUUCUGAAGAGUCUUGGCGAUGACCUGACUGAGGAGGAGAUCGACGAGAUGAUUCGCGAUACGGACACCGAUGGAUCCGGCUUCGUAGAUUUCGAUGGUGAGUUAUCUGCCGCCACCAAACCUUAA